AUGUCUACGGUAAACGAAACCACAGAAGUGCAGAAUCUUACCAUCUUAUCAUGUCCUGAGUGCGAGGGUCAACUAGUUCUGCAACAGGAUUCGAACGAUGCCGCUUCGGUAGAGAACGAUCAACAAUAUUUCUGCUGUAAUUCUUGUGGGACGCGCUUGGAAAUACACCUGGAGGAUGAUCAACCCAAGAAUGGCAAGGAAAAACCAUUUCAGUGUGAUAUCUGCAACCGGUUCUACGCGACAGCGAUCACACUGAAAGUGCACCGGCUGCGCCACGCAACCGGGAAACGCGAGCUGUGUGAUCUUUGUGGUGCGAGUUUUCACACCCGUGGACAGUUGAAAAUUCACCGGCGCGUUCAUACCGGUGAAAAGCCCUACAAGUGUAACGUUAGUCACAUUGAAUGUGAGUACACCACACUCUACCUGAUGGCUCGCCAUAUCGAACGAUUGCACAAUGUGACGCUGGAUCGAGCCCGAGAUAAGUUACAGUACGCAAAAAAUACCACACAAAAAGAGAAACGCUAUCGCUGCAAGUACUGUGAUAAGAUGUACGUGAGUACUGCGUGUUUGAAAAAGCACAUACUUAAACACGACCAGGAUGGAGUUUUACUGCACAAAUGCUCCUGUUGCGAUCGGUACUUUAAGACAGAGGACGAGACACACCAACAUGAGCAAGACCAGCAUCGCGAUCGAUUUGUGUGUAAGAUUUGCAAGAAAUCGUUCACCAAACCUAAUUUACGUCUGCGCCACGAGCAAUAUGCACACAAGUCAAAUGGGAAAGAUCGCUCCAAGUACGUAUGUCCGCAGUGUGGAAGAAAAUUCCCUUCGAGGGUUACGCUGUCCGAUCACGAACGUGCCGAGUGUGGGAAAGCACCUAUCUAUCAGUGUAGCAAAUGUGACAAACGUUAUUCAAGCUACAGCUCGCUUAAGAUACAUCAAACGGUUCACGAAAAUCGAUUGCCGUUCGUGUGUAAUUUCUGUGGUAAAAAGUUUCGCACCAAAGGGCAGCUGACGGUACAUGAGCGGGGCCACACGGGUGAGAAACCGUUCCAAUGCGAUCAAUGUCCACGAUCGUUUCCAUAUCGACAGUCACUGUUAACGCACAUGAGUACGCACACGGGAGUGAAGCGGUACGGGUGUACGGAAUGUGAUCGGAAGUUUUCCUGCGUUUCCAAUUUGCAAGCACAUAGACGAGUAUAUCAUAAAGCGAUAAAUGGUGGUAGUAGCAAAGUGAAAGAGAAACCCUAA